CCUUAUAGCUGUGAUCAGUGUGGCAAGGGUUUUACUAAUUCAAGAAAGCUGGUAUCACACCAGAGAAUACACACAGGAGAGAAGCCUUAUAGCUGUGAUCAGUGUGGGAAGAGUUUUACUCGGUCAACCAACCUGGUAUCACACCAGAGAACACACACAGGAGAGCAGCCUUAUAGCUGUGAUCAGUGUGGCAAGAGUUUUACUAAUUCAAGAAACCUGCUUUCACACCAGAGAACACAUACAGGAGAGAAGCCAUAUAGCUGUGAUCAAUGUGGCAAGAGUUUUACUCAGUCAAGCAACCUGGUAUCCCACCAGAGAACACACACAGGAGAUCAGCCAUAUAGCUGUGAGCAAUGUGGAAAAAGCUUUUCUUGGAUAGGACACCUUAAAGGACACCAGAGAACACACACAGGAGAGAAACCUUAUAGCUGUGAUCAGUGUGGGAAGAGUUUUACUCGGUCAACCAACCUGGUAUCACACCAGAGAACACACACAGGAGAGCAGUCAUAUUGCUGUGAUCAAUGUGGCAAGAGUUUUGCUCAGUCAAGUAGCCUGGUAUCACACCAGAGAAUACACACAGGAGAGCAGCCAUAUAGCUGUGAUCAGUGUGGCAAGAGUUUUACUCAGUCAAACAACCUGGUAUCACACCAGAGAACACACACAGGAGAGAAGCCUUAUAGCUGUGAUCAGUGUGGCAAGAGUUUUACUCAUUCAAGUAAUCUGAAAACACACCAGAGAACACACACAGGAGAGAAGCCUUAUAGCUGUGAUCAGUGUGGCAAGAGUUUUACUUCAUUAAGCAACCUGGUAUCACACCAGAGAACACACACAGGAGAGAAGCCUUAUAGCUGUGAUCAGUGUGGCAAGAGUUUUACUCAGUCAAGCAACCUGGUAUCACACCAGAGAACACACACAGGAGAGCAGUCAUAUAACUGUGAGCAAUGUGGGAAAAACUUUUCUCAGGGAGAAAGCCUUGAAGAGCACCAGAGAACACACACAGGAGAGAAGCCUUAUAGCUGUGAUCAAUGUGACAAGAGAUACUCUCAUUCAAGUGGUCUGAUUAAACAUCAGAAAAUACAUGCAGGAGAUCCAAUGCGUAAUUAA